UUAAAGAAGUGAAGCGAAAAAGUUAGCAAAAUAUUUUGUAAGAAAAGUGCCUUAAAUAUGUAAACUUUCAAUUUUUCCCGAAGACGUAAAUUUUUCUUUUUAUACUUAAAACAUUCCAAUUUAAACAUUUCAGUAUGGAUAAUUUCCACCGGAAUCAUAUCUUCAUUUCAGUGUCAUGUAUUAUCUUUUUCUUCUGUGUAUUGUCCAUGUAUCCAUAUGUAGUAUUUGGUGGCCGUUGCAAUGAAGCAGUAUGUGCAUCUAUUGUCAGUAAAUGUAUGCUGACUCAAUCGUGUAAAUGUGAUGCCAAAAAUAUAUCAUGCAGCAAAGACUGUUUCUAUUGUUUAGACUUUUUAUACUCAGAAUGCUGUUCUUGUGUAGAGAUGUGUCCGAAGACCAAUGAAUCGGAUAACUACUUGAGUAUGAAAUCACACGUUGAAGAUUUACCAGAACCCUUUCCUGAUUUGUUUAGUGUUCUGACAGAGGAAAAAGAUUCAUUGCUAAGAUGGACAUCUUAUACAUUUCCAGUUGAAGUAUCAUUUAUAUCGCUUGAUAAAGAUGUCAAAUUUGUCACAGCAAAAACAACUGACAGUAAUGGAGGUCAAGGCCAGUUGGAGCCUAUGGCUGUUAACUGCACUGUGGCUUAUAUGUCCCAGUGUAUGCCUUGGAACAAAUGUAAAGAUUCAUGUUGCUCUAUGGGAGCUUCAAGUUAUCGUUGGUUUCAUGAUGGCUGUUGUGAAUGUGUUGGAUCAACUUGUGUCAAUUAUGGGAUAAACGAAAGCAGGUGUUUAGAUUGUCCACCUGACAAAGAUCAAAUGACAAUUGAAGAAUUGAAUGUUAUCUCAAAAGAUAUUGUAAAAUCAGAUGAUUUUUCUGAUGAUUCUCGUAAAGGACAAGAAUCUCAAUCAAAACGAGAAGAUAAUUUUGAUGAAAUGCAAAGCAUUGAUGACUGAGAAAAUGUGCCAUUUCAUAUACAUUAAUAUAAUCAAACAAACGUCCAUAUAACCAUUGUUUUGUUGCCAACUUUACCCAUUGCUUUUAUCUGUAAUAAAAUUUGUUUAUAUAUUUUUUUAA